AUGAUGUCCUCUACUAACGACGGGGACCCGUUCCUCCAGGUCCAACAAGAUGUCCUUACACAGCUGAGCUCAGCCCGGCCCUUAUUCGCCUCAUACCUACGGAUUCGAUCGUUGACCACGGCAGCCACAUCUCCCGAGCUGUCGUCGGCGCGGUCCGACCUCGAGUCCGCCCUAUCGAGCCUGGCAGAGGAUCUAGCCGACCUGGUCGAAUCGGUCAAGGCCGUAGAGGCCAACCCAGCAGCUUUCGGUCUUGAUGCCACUGAGGUAACGCGCCGGAAGCGGCUGGUGCAGGAAGUGGGGGGCGAGAUCGAGGAUAUGCGAGAGGAAUUAGCCAAGGCCACGGCGGCGGCCGCCGCGGCGCCAGGGACGGGCAAGCGGUCCGCGGCCAAAGGUUCCAAGAACAGCGCUGGCGGCCUGCCGAACCCUGACGAUUUUGCAAUCCCUGAUGGGGACGGCACCGACAACUACGCAGAGUUCGAGCAGCGACAGCAGCUGGCCAUGAUGCGCGAACAGGAAGAGGAUCUAGAUGAAGUAUUCCAGACAGUCGGAAACUUGCGCCGGCAGGCGGACGACAUGGGUCGUGAACUUGAGGAACAGAGAGAGAUGCUCGAGGUGGCCGAUGGUCUCGCGGACCGCGUCGGCGACAGACUGCAGACUGGUAUGCAGAAGAUGCAGUACAUCAUCCGGCGCAACGAGGAUCGGUGGAGCAGCUUCUGUAUAGGAGUUCUCAUAUUUGUACUAAUUCUGUUAUUGAUCUUGUUGCUUGUGUUAUGA